CUCUCGGCGUCGACGUCCGCGAAACACGCGACCCCCUCAAACGCGCCGUUCUCGGUUACCGUUUCGGUGUUGCUUCGACGAGUUUUCCUGCCCCCCUCGAAAACCGAAAAAUAUUCCGUUAAUCCGGCACUUGUACAAGCCACCCGCAAAAAUUGGCCCGGAAUCCUCCCCCGCCCUCCCCCCCUCGUCGCGCCACGGAGACGGCGGUUGAAAAACAAUAAUAUUCGCGGCGAGAGGACGACGAUCCGCUAGUGAGGACGAAUUUUUUUUCUUUUUCUUAAACCUCCCCACCGCGACGUUUGGAGAUUGACCGGCCGCCGAAGAUGCACUCGGAAAAACGUCCGCCGAGGUCGUUUUCCGCCGCACGUCCGCUGCACCGCUACGACCCGCGUCCGCCGGAAAACGUCGGAUCAUGUAAUCAUCAUAUUGGCUGUGACUCGAAACCGACUUCCCUCCCCCCACCCCCGGCACUGGCAGCAAGCACGUCGCAGGUAGUACCCUGCACACACACACACACACACACCUAACACACCUAACACACGCCUAACACACACGCACACGCACAUGCACACCUAAACGAAUAUUAUAUGCACAUUGUACACGGGUGCACUGUAUAGAGAGUCGCCACCGCAGAGCGCAACACAGCACUGCAGCACACCGGCACAACCGACGUGACUACCACACCACGUCGGCGAUGCGCUACCGGAGACGCGCGGGCGUGACGUCCGCGACGCGCUACAGCUGCGCCGGGCCGCCGUGACUCUCGCCAAACAUGGCCAAAGACAAGAAACCGGAGAAAAACAACGGAUCGAAAAAAGGAACGGUCACCUGCGAACGGACGUACGUGUCGGACAGGUGUUCGCGAACCGCCGGCCAGGAAACGCGACGAUCGCCGCCCAGCAGCCCGGCAACGAUACGAGUGCUGGACCUGCCGUGCAGACACCAGCGACGGGGCGCCGUGCGCGACAAGAGGACCGCGGUGUCGCUCGACAAGCCCCGCCCGGCGCACCAGCGCGCCGACAACGCGUACGUGGAGACGCCGUUCGUCGACGGCGCCGUGUCGCUGCAGCUCCAGCAGGGGCCCUCGACCGCGUCCUGCUCGUCCGCGCUGUACCGCCCGCCGCCGUACUCCGCCGUCGCGGCGCACAACGGCCGUCCGCUGGGCAACACUUGCGCCGCGGACGGCGGCCGCGCCGACCUGCCGGUCAUCGAGUUCGCCGCGGACAUGAGAUCGUCGGCCGAACCGCCGCCCAGGCCCGGCGAGGGCAUCAUCGACGAGUUUCCGGCGUACGUGCCGUGGAAGGCCGAACAACAGCGGGCGCCGCAACCGGAGGCGCCGGCGUGCAACGUGUGCCACAAGUGCCGGUGCGCCACGUGCCAGAAGCUGUGCAAGUAUCCGGGCAUGCGCGUGUGCGGCGUGCUGGACGUUCAGUCGCGGUGCGACGAGGCGUGCGUCGAGACGACCACGGUGUGCGUGCCGUGCGUCCGGAAGACGGCCAGAUGUCCGGCCGCCGACGCCGCCAGGGCCCGGGCCGCGGCCGCCGCAGCCGCAGCCGCCGCCGGCGCCGACGAUAACGCUGACGCCGACGCGGCCGCCGACAAAUCGGCCGACGGCGGCGACGGCGACGACGACGACGACGACGACGACGGCGACGACGACGACGGCGACGACCGGCCGGCCGCGGCCGCGGUGGACGCGCGCGCCGCGCCGCCCAAGUGCCGGUUGCGCUGGCUGCUGUGCUGCCUGUGCUGCCCGUGCCCGUGCUGUUCGGUGGACGACGUGGUCGAGUGUUCGGCCGGAUGUCGCGGCAACGUCAACGUGUCCGGUUGCGAGUGCGUCGACUGGGAGGCGCUGAGGCGGAACAACCGGCGCCGGGUGAACGCCGCCGCUGCAGCCGUGGCCGCGGCCAGAGACCGCCGCCGGUGCCGCGACAACCACUAUUACAUCACGGCGCUGCCUCAUUUGGCUGCCAACAACGCCGCAGCCGCCGCCGACAAGUCCGCCGAGAAGAAAAGCAGAUUGCGAAAUUUCCUACGUUUUUAGUCGACGACUAAUAACAUGAUUGUGCGCACGCGCGGCCGCGUGUACCAGACGAUUUAAUAUGUAUAUGACAUUACUGUCCGCGUCGAAUGCUCCGGCAAGUACAGGCGUAUUCGUUUAUAUAUAUAUAUUGUUCCGUGUAUAUUGUAUGUACAUAUAUAUAUAUAUAGUACGAUAAGUAUUUUUUCCUAUACAUUAUGGUAAUGAUAUUAUUAU